GAAAAGCAGCUAUGCCGCCGCAGUAUUCCUUUGGUACUUGGUUGGCACGGAUGUCGUACGCCGAUGAAAGCCAAGUGAUGGAAGUGGCAAGAGUGGCCCGUGAAAAACGUUUUCCUGCGGAUGUGAUUCACGUCGAUAUUACUUGGUUUGAUAAAAGUUGGCGUUGCGACUGGCGUUUUAGCCCAACACGUUUUCCAGAUCCUAAAGCUAUGAUUACGAAGUUAAAUACGCAGGGAUUUAAAUUUACGGUGUGGCAAAACCCCUAUGUCCUUAAGGGUACAUGGGCAUGGGAUGAAGCUGUGGAAAAAGGGUAUUUAGCGACAUCUCACAAAGUUCCUUUUGUCUUUGUGGGGGUUUACGAGGGACUGCCCAUAGACUUUACCAAUCCAGAAGCGGCUACAUGGUAUCGUGAACGUUUAUUGAAACCUUUGUUUGAGCAGGGUGUGUCUGCGAUAAAAACCGAUUUUGGUGAAGGCAUACACCCAAGCAUGACCUUUAAAGCAGGAAAUGGCAAAAAAAUCCAUAAUUUAUAUCCAAUGUUAUACAAUCGGGCUGCUUAUACAGCAGCUAAGGAUUAUUUUGGUGAGGAAGAAGCCAUGGUGUGGGGGCGAUCUGGAUAUGCUGGUUCCCAACGUUAUCCGGUCGUGUGGAGUGGUGAUAACUCUGCGACUUUUGGUAGUAUGAUGGGAUCCUUGCAUGGUGGGCUAAACCUAGGGUUGUCAGGCUUUACCUUUUGGAGUCAAGACACGGGUGGUUUUGUGGGCACACCGACAGAUGAAUUGAUGGUGCAGUAUCAAGACGACCCCAGUACGUACAACAUCGAUGACCAAUUUAUGUGUGGCGACCAUUUGUUAGUCGCACCGAUUUUGACGACCGAAUGGUGGCGACGGGUUUAUCUGCCCAAAGGGCUUUGGUAUGAUUUCUGGACAGGACAAUCGUAUCAAGGUGGGCAAUGGCUAACGGUCAAUAGCCCACUAGAAACGAUCCCCCUCUUUGUGAAAGCGGGUAGCCUUAUUCCUCUUGCGCAAGUUGUUCAAUCCACACAAGAUCUAAGCUUGGAUAAGAUGACAUUACAUGCGUUUGGAGAUCAAAAUGGACAAUCGCAUUAUGAAUUAUGGUCGAAAACCGAGCAGAUACCGCUCAAGGCUGAUCACACAAAACAAAUCCUGCAAACGCAUUUGUCUGUCCAAGAAGUGAUUUGGCGAAACUCA